CCGGAUUCAAAGGAGGGACACUCGCUGGAGAGAUGCUUUGCCAGCUGAUUUGAAGUUGGCCUUCGCUCUGUACAGAUGGGCGACGGCGGGUUUUACCGUCAAUCCGGGAACGACUUCGGGAUCGGGUUACACAGCGCCGCACGAUGCACGAACGACGUCGCAAGAGCUAUUUGUGCAGAGUACGGUCAUGUUUUGUCUUGGUCGACAGGCGCUCGCUUGCAGGCGACCCUCGACUAUUACGAGGGGAAAGGCUUCCCCGGGUGUUUCGGGGCCAUAGACUGUACACACAUCUAUAUUGAAAAACCAUGUGGCGGGGAAGUGAAGCCGUACUUCGAUCGCAACAAACAGUACUCAAUCCAAGCGCAGGUUGUGUGUGAUGAGAACAUGCGCAUACUGGAUGUUGCCGUCGGAGCACCUGGUUCUGUUCAUGAUUCACGUGUUAUACGUCUGUCUGAUCUGUACUGGCGUGGAGAGGAAGGGAGGGAACCUUUCACGUGGAGGACAAAUGUGUUGAUGGAUGGCGUGGUGGUGGGGAGAUAUCUGAUGGGAGAUGUUGGGUAUCCAAUACUAUCGUGGUUGAUGAUGCCAUUUGGUGGCACUGACCAGACUGCGGAGGAGAUAUCCUAUGACAACAAGUUCUCUGUCUUGUGCAGCGUGAUUGAAAGGUGUUUCGGCAGGUUGAAAGGAGUGUGGAGAUGCCUUGGGCGUAAGCACAUCGCAAACAUGAAGAAUAUUUGUUAUCAGUUUUUUGCUUGUUGCAUUCUACAUAACAUCAUUAUCAAUGAGGGCAUACCGGUCGACGACGAACUGCUGCGACGGAGACCGGAUGAGCAGUGCGAAGACGACGACAACGAAGGACCACCUGCGGACGAUGUCGCUGAUGAUGGAGAUGAUGAUGGCAAUGGGUAUAAACCUGUAGAGUUCAUGUCCGUUAGGAUGCCUUUAGAGAAGGUAGCGGCGUUGACCUAUGAGAGGGAACUCUACGCUCUUAGGCAAGCGUUAGACCACUGGAAGCACUACUUGCUUGGGAGGCACUUCAAAGUCUACUCAGACCACGAGACAUUGAGGUGGCUGAAGACUCAGGCCAAGCUGACACCUAAGCUUACUAGGUGGGCCGUAGAAAUAGACCAAUUCGACUUUGAGCUUAAGUCUGUCAAAGGGAAGUACAAUGUAGUUGCGGACACUCUGAUUAGGAGAGCAGCCUACUUUGGAGCGAUGGAACAAGCUGGAGACGAGCCAAAGCGGGGUGAACGAACACCUCCUUUCCAAGGGAGGGAGGGGGAAACAGGGAUAGGCCAGGAAAGCCCUGCUGACGAGUUCUUAACUCGAGAUGAAGAAGGAGAACAAGAGCAGAGCAACGCAGAAGAAGAGGAAGGACUGUCAGAUAUGUCUGCGGACGUUCCAAUUGACAUUCACGGAGAGCUGGAGCGUGACCGCAGAGUGUUGAGGGCGGAGAAGAGAGCGGUCACUGACAUUGGGACGUCGAGGAACAAGAAGACUUCUUCGCAAGGUCCGCCGACGACAGUGGCCACAAAGAAUCUUCGUCAGUCGUGCAUGGAUGACGCCCUCGAUCCUAAGUCGCAGCAGGACUUGGACACGUAUUUCCCGCAGUGGUUUUAUGUCAGCGGCAUCCCGUUCCACACGGCAAAGAGGUCAGAGUACAAUACGUUCAAGCAACACCUCACGAUAUGUCCCCUUCGGGUGCAUCCAUCCCUGCCCAACCAUCGCCGCAUCUCUGGCAAUGGUAUUGUCAAGCAGCACAGGGCCGUUGUUGAGAUGUUGGAUGGAGAAAACUUUGCGAAGGUGUUCGAGGUGGGAUUCGAAGGUGGGGCUAAAGACGAGGAUAUCAUCGAGGUAGAUCACGACACAGACUUCGAGGAGGUCGCGAAAGAUGUGAUUCAUGGUAGAUUGGAAUGUGGCCGGGGCAUUGGUGAGUCCGAUGGGCAUCACGAGGAACUCGUAGUGCCCGAAGCGAGAGCGAAAGGCGGUCUUGUGGAUGUCCUCCUCACAGAUGCGGAUCUGGUGGAAGCCAUUGCAGAGAUCAAUCUUGGUGAAAUACUUGGCUCCACGGAGGCGAUCAAGAAGCUCGGAUAUGCGAGGGAGUGGGUACUUGUUCUUGAUCGUGAUCCGGUUCAGGGCACGAUAGUCUGUGCACAUGCGGAGUCCCGAGGUGUCGUUCUUCUUAACGAAGAGACAAUUGGUUCCGAAGGGGGAAGAGCUAGGCUUAAUGAAUCCUUUCUCAAGGAGUUCAUUAAGUUGUCGCUUCAUCUCUUCGGCAUCAGGGGUGGAGAGCUGGUACGGGGGGCGACAAGGAGGAGAGUGGCCGGGCUUGAGAUCAAUGGUGUGGGAUACACCGCGAUCGGAAGCGAUGGGGAGUCAGUGGAUGACAGGGAUGGCGUGGAGGGAGAAGGCUUGUUAGAGUUUGGUGAGGAAGAGGAGAACGUCCUCAUGGGGUUGGCCCGAGAAGUUGAGGUGAUAGUGGAGGUGGAUAAGAGGGGUUUUGAUUGGGGGGGGAUGGUUGAUGACUGUGUGACGGCGGGGGUUUUCGCCUUGGGCAAGAGGGGAGGUGGAGUGGCCACGGUGGAGGUAGUGGUGGAUGAAGAUGGCAGAGAUGUUGAUGUGGAGGUUGAAGCGGAGGCUUGUCCGGAGGAGGGGGUGGUUUGGGGUGUGGAGGAGGGGGGUGUGGUCGUGGUGACGACCGUGAUGGCGGGGGUGUUUCCCUCGAGCGUUGUGACACGGUCGGAGAUGGCGGCCAUGGUGGUGUUGAUGGAGUCAAGGGAGGAUUGGAGGGCAGUCAACGUUCGGAGGAAAGUUGAGUUCCGGGGUGGUGGUGGUCGAAGUUGGCGAAGGACAAAGCACUACUACUGCCCCUAUGCGUAUACAACAUCGAAUGGGACAAGUUCGUUGAACAGCCAUAAAUGUCCUCUUGAGAACAGGGAGGCUGGGUCUUUGCGGUGUUUUGUGGGCAAUAUUGAACCUAUUGCUGCACAAAAGAAAAAACUGGCAAAUGCAGCAGCGUUGAUGUGUUGUGAGGACCUUCGUCCAUUUUCCAUAUUUUCUGACGCAGGUUUUAUAAAAGUUGCACAAGUCAUUUUGGAUGUUGGAAUUAACAUUGGCAAAGGCAUGCGAGCGGAAAGUCUGGUGCCUGCGCCGAACACAAUGAAGCAGCAGAUAUUGUUGACUGCUGAAUCUCUUCGAAAAAUAGUGAGUGAAAGAGUAAAAGAGCACUUCGAGGAGGGAAUAUGUGUUGGGUUCACAAUUGACAUGUGGACAAAUGCAAUGAGGAAAAACUCAUUUGUGUCUGUCACAAUUCAUUACAUUGAUAAUUAUUUCAAGCUGCACAAUAGAACCUUACAGGUGAAGGCAUUUUACGAUGAGGCGCACACUGCACCUCUCAUUUUGAAGGCAUUUCGAGAAUGUCUCGAAGCGUACGGAUGCACUGAUCCGGAACUGUGUUUUGUGUGCUCGGAMAGUGGGUCAAACAUGUGUGGAGCAGAGRGCAUUCRGAGUGUGUACCGGAUGCUCYCGUGCGCAGAUCACAAAAUCGCAACCAUCUUGACCACAGUCUUGAACAAAACCACAACGGUGAGCAAUAAGGUGACGUCCACUCCUUUUUAUAAGUUCUAUGACACCGCACCUGAGGUUUUUGACAUGAUUGAUCAYUGCAAAGARCUGGUCAGGUACUUCAAGCAAGCAAAUCUUCAUAACAGUUUGAAAACCACUUUGAAGCAAGAGAAUGCAACACGGUGGAAUUCAUUAUUAAGACUGUUAGAAAGUGUCGUUGAAAAUUAUGAAGAUAUUACGAACAUUCUUGUCAGUCGAACUGCAAAUCAUGCGAUUCUCAUCGCAAAGAUUGACCGCCAGCUGUUGGAAGAGUUGGCAAGGUUCCUAAGACCUUUUCAGGCGGCAACCUUAAAGCUUGAGAAAUUUCUUGAGCCGACUCUUCACCUAGUCCCUUUCGAGCGACACUCUCUCAUGGAACGUUGUGAGAUUCGAACUGUGUCUUUGCAGGUUGUGGACAGCAGUGGAAAAGAAACCACCAUCCCUCCAGACUCAGCAGGCAUAAGGGGAAUCAAGAAGCUUGUGAAAGAGGUAUUGAGGGAGAAAUGGGAGCUUGAGGACGUGCACGUUCAGGCUGCACUUUUGGACUCGAGGCAGAAAGAUCACUUAGACUUGUUUGAGGUUCCUGUUGCUCAAAUAAAAAGAGCACAGAGUGGCAUGAGAAGGAUGAUGCUCACUGUCGGUGCAAGAGUGGAAGGAGAGGUGAGUAAGGAAGGUUUCAGAGAAGUUGUAUCAGAAAAAGAACGUUCUCCACGACCAUUGAAAAAACGAAAGGUGGAUGAGACGAAACCGCGUACUAGAUUGUGCAGCUUUGAUGAAGAAGAUGAAGAUAUAGAUGCGGCUGCGGGCAAUGCGCCAUUGACUAGUGAAGAGCAGAUACAGAAGGAGCUCGAUUAUUAUUGGAGCCUGAAGUUGACAAAGGAUGAGAAGCGAUCAUUCGAGAUUUUGGCUUGGUGGAAGGCAAAAGGGGUUGUAGAAGAGCAAGCCGCCGCCAUACUUCAAGAGAGAAAAGAGAAGGAGACUAAGAAGGAGAUGAUUAGGCAGGCCAAGAAGUUGGCCUUACAGGAGGAGCAAGCGGCGAAGAGGAAGAAGUUGGAGGAGGAAAUGGGGAGAUUAAAGGAGGAGGAGGAAGAAAAGAUGAAAGCAGUAGAAGAAGAACAAAUAGAAGAGGAAAAGGAGGAGGAGCCCCUGAUCAGAAGAAGCGCAGGGCAGAGAGGAGAAUCCAGUGGCACAAAGGAGGAUUCAUGGUUGGAGAAGAAGGUUUCCGAGUGGGUGGCGAACUUAUCCCUAGGGGAAGAAGAAGAAGCUAUGUUGUAUGUUUCCAGGGAGGAGAAGGAAGCAGUUAUCAGGGAGUUGGAAGAAGAAGAAGACCCCUUGAGACGCCAGACGAUUGAGGAGGAGAAAAAGUUACAGUGGAAGUUGCAGAUGAAGGCGAGGAUAGAGGGCACAAAGAAGUUUUGCACAGGCGCCAUUGAGGGCGCAAAGCUGGACACUCCAAAGGAGGAGGAGGUACGCCCCCGUAGAGAGCCCGUGAAGAUCAAGUUUCCUGAACCCUAUAGUGGGAAGAAGGAAGAAAACUUCGAUAACUGGGAGCUGUUCGAGCAAUCACAGUACACUUCGCCAGUGCAAUGCAUAUUGUUCACUCAACUGCCGGGAGACUCAACAUACAUUCUCACCGUCUGCACAACCGGGGUCAACGCGCAUGCAAGCCUGUGGGUGUUUGGCCCACGAGACGGAGAAAGCUUCAGUGGCAGGGGGCUGCAGUGCAGCAGUCCGCCAAUCACGAUCUGUUGUGAGAAGCUUGAGAGUGAGCAUGGCCGCGGGGGCCCGCAGUCCACUCACGGCGUCGACGUGGUAGAUCUUCGAGACAAGAUCACAUGGGAGGAGUUGACACGGUUGUGGAAGAAGAGGUUCAUCGUCGACGACGCGCCUGCCCUCGCCAUCAACCGCCUCUUCACCAUGACCCAAGACAACACGGCAACACGAGACUGGCUCACGGAAUGGCAAAAGAUCGCAGCAACGCCGGAUCUGGACUUGCCAUUUACGCAUCUGCGCCGAGAGUUCUACAAUAGGUCAUGUGCUGCACUGAGCCAGGCACUUGGUGAUCGCGAGCAGUACUCAACCUUCGUUGAGAUCAUCGACAAAGCGAGGGAGAUCAUCAAGACUAAUAGGGCGGCUGCACACGAGAAAUCAGCAUGGCAGCCAACCUAUGCGGAGAAGGUAAAGACUGGUCCGCGGCAGCAGCAUUUCGCUGCAGUCCAAUCGGACAGUGGAGACGACCCGGCAGCCACCAAGGCAUCAAGUGAAGGAGAUCAGGUGGCUGUUGUCCAGCCGAGAAGCACCAACAAGUCCCGGAACAAUGGGAAGGCGAAGACCGCAUCAUCGGCUGGAACAGGACAGCCAGCGCCAUGGGUCAAGUUUAACUUGACCGAGGCCAAAUACAAGUACCGUGAUCCGGCCGCCUUGCUAGCGGCCUCCUACACAUCUGGGGAGGAUGCGAAUGUCGCAAGUUCUCGUGUCACUUACGAGGACUAUGCUGUCCACUUGGUCCCACCGCUGGACCAACCACUCCACGUGCAACACUCCACCGCAUGCACGGUUUCAUCUCCAUCGGCAACCGAUUCGGCAGUUCCGCCAUCAUUUACCUCAGGGGAUUCGUCGAUGUGGUCAAGACUUGAAGAGCUCGACCCGUUGACAGUCGCGGACUUCCAGUGGAUGCCCGUUCCCCCGACCGGUCGAYUGUCGAAACCGCAUUACAAUGUGCUCAUGGCACAAUUGCGGGAGUAUUUGCACACUGCAGUACCAACUCCGUUGAUGGACGUCGGAGUAGAGGUUGUCGACCUUCAGGAGUACAUCGCGAAGAUCGACCGCGAGUUCAAGACACAACGGUACGACGACAUUGACGCACCAUUGUUGUAUGUACGCAUUCAGAUCGAAGAGGCGACCUGCAGCGCCUUGAUCGAUUGCGGUGCAACUCGCAACUACAUGAGUCAGGACUUCAUGGUACGCGCCGGCCUUGGCCCACGCGUCAGGAGGAAGUCCCAUCCGACACACGUGACGUUGGCCGAUGGUCACACGCACAAGUCAAUUGACCGGUGCAUUGACAACGUCCCUAUGUAUUUCGCCCCGCAUGCACGCGAGGCCGUGUCCUUCGACAUUCUGGACACUAAGUUCGACAUGAUUUUGGGCAUGUCAUGGCUGCGAAGUGAGGACCMCCCGGUGAACUUCUACCGCCGCACCGUUCACGUUCGUGACCGGGAUGGAGUACUAGUCCCAUGCACGGUGCCUCCUCCUCACCCUUCGAUCAGCUGUCACGUGGUGUCCACCGCAAGUAUUCGAGGUUUCAUCAUCAAGGAUGACAUUGAGGAGAUGGGGGUGUGUUUUCUCCACGCCCUCCCGCCCCAGGACACCCCAUUGACGGACGCAUCAUCGGACCCACGCAUCACUGAGUUUCUCGCCACUUAUAGUGACGUGUUCGAGGCCCCGCAUGGAGUAGUACCGGAUCGGCCCAUCUGCCACGAGAUCAUCCUCGAGGACGGGGCUGUACCUCCGCGUGGUUGCAUCUACCGAAUGAGCGAGGAAGAGUUAAGUGUGCUACGGGCACAACUCGACGACCUUCUGGAGAAAGGCUGGAUUCGRCCUAGCUCUUCGCCAUACGGUGCGCCUGUUCUCUUCGUCCGGAAGAAGAACAAGGAUUUGCGGUUGUGCAUUGACUAUCGUAAGCUCAACGCGCAGACGGUCAAGAAUGCCGGCCCUCUCCCACACAUCGACGAUCUCCUGGAGCGACUGGGCAGCGCCAAGUUCUUCUCCAAGUUGGACCUCAAGUCGGGUUUUCACCAACUUGAGAUUCGCCCGGAGGACCGAUACAAGACCGCGUUUAAAACGCGAUAUGGGCAUUUCGAAUGGCUGGUCAUGCCGUAUGGCCUUACGAAUGCCCCAGCCACAUUCCAGGCGGCUAUGACAUUGGAGUUUCGACACAUGCUGGAUCGUUUCGUACUCAUCUACCUCGACGACAUCUUGGUGUACAGUCGGAGUUUGGACGAGCAUGUGGAGCACCUGUGCACCGUUCUGGAACGGCUACGACAGACCAAGUACAAAGCCAACCGCGACAAAUGCGAAUUCGCGCAGCAAGAGCUGGUGUACUUGGGACACUAUGUGACGCCGCAAGGCAUCCGUCCGCUUGCGGACAAGAUCGAGGCCAUCCGCGUAUGGCCCGAGCCCACCAACACCACGGACGUUCGUUCAUUCAUGGGGUUGGCAGGCUAUUAUCAGCGUUUCAUCACCGGAUACUCAAGGAUUGYCRCACCUCUGACGAGACUACAAUCGCCAAAGGUGUCAUUCGUAUUCGAUGACGACGCGCGCCAGGCUUUCCAAGCACUCAAAACGGCCAUGCUCAUGGCACCCGUCCUUAGCAUCUACGACCCCACUCUGCCUACGAGAGUGACGACUGACGCUUCCGGUUACGGCAUUGGGGCAGUCUUGGAGCAGCACGACGGCGAGGAUUGGCACCCUGUGGAGUAUUUCAGCCACAAAGUGCCUCCCAUCAAUUCUCUGGAUGAUACAAGGAAGAAGGAGCUGCUUGCGUUCGUCAUGGCUCUCAAGCGAUGGCGGCACUUCCUUCUUGGGCGUCGUAGGUUCACAUGGGUCACGGACAAUAACCCAUUGACCUACUACAAGACGCAGGACACGGUGAGCAGCACGAUUGGACGGUGGAUGUACUUCAUCGACCAGUUUGACUUCACACCGAAACACGUUGACGGCCUCUCCAAUCGCGCAGCAGAUGCACUUUCGCGACGACCUGAUCUUUGCGCUAUGACGCAUCACGCCUUCGCGUUCAACGAGGACCUCCAACGACACUUCAUCAGGGGCUAUCAGUCUGACCCAGAGUUUGCUACGUUGUAUGCGCAGCUAUCUUCGGAUCACCCGCCGGCCAGCCACUAUCGCAUUGCCGACGGGUACUUGCUCCUCCACUCGAGAGGCAAGGACUUACUGUGUGGCUGUGACCUGCAUGAAAACUGGGCUCGAAAUCCACGAUUUGUGAUCGACACCUACGGCAAGAAGGGGAGGUUUCUCAUUGGCCUUGCGAGAGUCCCUCGAGUGUGGAUAUCUGGCACUUCAUUGGAGAGGAUGAUUGGCUUUUAUAUCCUCAAAUGCAACAAGGCAGACGGGCACGUGCACGCAGAGAAAGCUGAUGUAAUUGCAGCCGCCUCCAGUCCACUCCGGGAAGCAGCGCCGUCAGUCCCCCGCUACGAGCAGCGCCGAACUCUCCGUGCAUAUGCAUCAUCACCGACGCUGAGCUCUGGAGCGACCAUCGCCGGCUUCAACCCUCCUCGAAGGUGAGUCUUCACCAGCCCUCCUGCCCUCCCUCGAAUUCACCUCCUCCUCCUCCUCCUCCUCCUCCUCCUCCACAUCUUCCCCUUCCUCCUCCUCCUCCAUCUCUCCUCCUCGUCUCGGUAUUGUCCUUUCCUUUUUUUUCCAUAGUAUCGGAUCCUGUACUCGGAGCUUUGCAAGUAUCUCAGACUAUCUCCUCGUCUUCUCCGCAACCUCCUCGUCCCCUCCUCCAUCUCUCCUCCUCGUCACUUCCUCCACUUCUCAUCAGCGUCCCCUCCUCGUGUAUCUUUUGUUCUCCUCCUCCUCCGGUCCUCCUCGGCCUCCUCCUUGUCAAGGUCUUGUCACCUUUUCUUGUGUGAACUUCGAUUUGUGCUGGUAUCACCUCCUCUACCUUUAGUCAUCCAUCUUUCCUCGUACUCCUCCUCCGUCCCUCCUCGUCCAUCUUUCCUCCUCCAUCGCUCCAUCUCUUCUCCGCCAUCUCUCCAUCUCUACUCUUCCACCUCUCAUCCUCCUUGCCGCAGCCUCGUCACUUUUUGUUUUUCCUUUUUUUAAUGGAAACUUUGAAAUUCGAACGGUGAUGGUAUCUCGUCGGCCUCUGAUGGCAUCUCCUCGUCCUCCUCCUCCUCUGUCUCCUCGUCCUUCUCCUCCAUCCCUCCUCGUCCGUCUUUCGUCCUCCAUCACUCCAUUUCCCCUCCUCCACCUCUCCUCCUCCUUGUCACCGCCUCGUCACUUUUUUAUUUUAUUUUUUUAAUGCAAACUUUGAAGUAUGAACUGUGACGGUAUUUCCUCGUCGUCGUCCUCCUCCAUGUCUCCUCGUCCUUCUCCUCCAUCCCUCCUCGUCCAUCUUUCCUCCUCCAUCUCUCCUCCAUCUCUCCAUCUCCUCUCCACCUUUCAUCCUCCUUGUCACGGCCUCGUUAUUUUAUUUUAUUUUUAUGGACACUUCGAAGUUCGAACUGUGAUGGUAUCUCGUGGUUGUCCUCCUCCUCCUCCUCCAUCGUCCAUCUUUCCACCUCCAUCUCCUCCUCCACUUCUAAUCCUCAUCACAGUUUCGUCACUUUUUUCUUUGUCAUUACUGGAAACUUCUCUAGUUCGAACUGUGAUGGUAUUUCGUCCUCCUUAUCACGUCGUCGUCGUUGUCCUCGUCCAUUUCUCCUCCUCCUCACCUCCUCUUUCUCAUCCUCCUCCAUCUCCUCGUCUUCCCUUUCCAUCUCAUCUCGUCCUUGUCACGCCCUCGUCACUUUUUUUCUUUUUUUCUUUUUAAUGAAACUCUGAAAAUAGA